AUGGCUGACGAAAAGACCCAUCCCAACCUGCUGUACUUGGUUCAUUCUCGUCCUUUGAAUGCGUCAAUAUCCCUUGACUCGGAAAGAGCAGGCUUUGCCAAUUUACAAUCGAUAUCUCAAUUUCAGUCCUUAGCAGCAACACAACAUGAGUCAGAAUACCCUAAAUAUCUUACACUGUACUCACUUUAUAAUGGCGAGGGAAAGAUAGACAUCUCAGAUGUUCCAGGCGGUACUGAAUCGGUUGAGUUCCGUCAGUAUGCGCUGGUUCACAGCACCUCUUCUACAAAGCGGGAUGGCAAAGCAACUGUACCUUUUCUCUACGCAUUUGCAAUAUCGCCAGAAGAAGACGAAGAGUCCGAGUUCGUUACUUGGUGCAAGGAGGACAUGAAGCCGGCCUUAGAAGGAAUUCCUGGUCAUGUUGAGACGAGGACCUAUAAACUCCUAUCUCACACCCAUAAUAGGAUGAAUCGCCUGAAUGAAGACGAGAGAUAUUGGGCAGGGCCUCCUUUAUAUCUCAAUCUCCACGAAUUCAAGGAUCUGACGAGUGUGCAAAUGAUUCCAACCAAGCAGUGGUCGCAAGACAUUAAUGAAGGACGUCGAGGUUGUUAUGCUAUGUCGUUCAAGCUCUUAAGUUCUGAGUAGGCAUUUCAAUAGGCGCUAGAUGUUGGUGCGAUUUGUUUCUGUCUGCGAGCACUCUGUAUUUUGAGCUCAAUGUAACUGAACGAUUGAGAACUUCUCGGUCGGUAUGUCUGAUGAGUACGAGCGCCGAUUGAAUUGAAGCAGACCUCCAUCAUCUUCAUUGAUGACACGCUGUCAGCAUAGAAGAGAAUAAAAUUCAUCGUCAC